AUGCGUGCACACUUCAUCCUAUUUGCUGCUGCAGUCGCCAUCCUUGCAAGCUCCGAUGCUGCCUCAACUACUGAAGCCUCCAAGGUGGCGUCCCCAGGCGUGUUGAGCGCAACCGGCCUCGCUGUUCAUAUGUCCGGAAUUGGCAAACGAUUCUUGAGAAUCCGCGAGGCCAAAGACAACGACGACCUCGAGGGCGAAGAUAGAGGGUUGGUGACCCUCGUGUACGAAGGCGGACGGAACUUUUUCAAAAAGAUGACGCAGUCCGCGCCUUCCGUGAACAAAGUCGACGACCAGUUGGCUCUCGUCAAAUCCGAAGAUAAGUGGCUCGUCGGCCAGGUCGAUAAGUACACGGAUAAAUACCUGGAUAUGUUCAAGCAGAUUCAUGCACAGGGAUACACGCCACGUCAAGUGUCCAGGAUGUCGGGCCUUGCGAAGAGGACGCUGACGAUGAACAAGAACCAGUUGCUCCACGACGGGGACUACAUGUUCUGGCUUUACUACUCGAGGUGGUGGGCUAAAAAUGUUGCCAAGAAAGCUGCUAAGUUAGGUUGA